AGGGAAACAGGUGCAAACAAUUGAGCCAUCUGUCAGUAAGCUGCACUGAUCGCCUCUGAUAUUUUAAUCAUCUACUGAUCCAUGGGCAGACUGACAUCUAAUGGGGCCCCCCGGCAAUAGGGGAUCAUGGGGCCCCUGUGGCCUUUCCCACACUCAAACUACACCCAAAAAAGCCUAUGAAAGGUACCAGGGGCAUCUCAUGGGGCCUCCUACUGACCCUGGGCCCUUGGGCAGUGCCCGAGUACCCCAAUGGUCAGUCUACCCCUGGCUACCUUAAACCUGAAGAGGUAUAAUGCUUGCCUAUCAGUUACAUGUUUUUGCCAGCCCUCUCUUAUUUGCUGUUUGCCUGGACCUGUGCUUGGACCUAACUACUCUAUCACCUCUAUCUGCUUUG